AUGAGUUUCUGUCUAGAAAAAAUAUGUUUAGAAAGACAAAAUUGCCAUUUAACAUUCUUUUAUACACAUAAUUUAGCUGUUUCACUCAAUCAACCAAAUUUAUCUUCAGUACCAACUUGGGAACGUAAUGGAAUAACAUUUGUUAACGAAUCGAUUGUUGGUGUGAAGAACACAGAUGUUUUUAUUGAUAGAAAAAACUCAAUUUAUAUCCUUAGUGACGACAAGAAACAAAUUAUAGUAUGGCAUAACAAUAGUAUCAAUCCAACACAAACGAUUUCAGCCGACUUCUUAUCUUUUUCGUCUAUAUUCGUAACACCGAAUGGCGAUAUAUAUAUUAGUUCAGAAUUUCCCUCAUUUCAUAUAACGAGAUGGAUUUCGAAAACAAAAAUUUUUACCAAAGUCAUGAAUACAUCACACCAUUGUUAUGAUAUCUUUAUCGAUAUCAACGAUAGUUUAUAUUGCUCAAUGAGCAUGAACAAUCAGGUAUCAAAAGUAAACUUGAAAAGUUCUUCAAUGAACACGAUAGUUGUUGCUGGAACAAAUAGUCACGGAUCUAAUCCGAAUGAGCUUCAUCAUCCUUGCGGAAUCUUUGUUGAUGUUAACUUUGAUUUGUUUGUAGCAGAUACUGAGAAUAAUCGAAUUCAAUUAUUUCCAUUUGGAGAAACAAAUGCCAUCACUGUUGCUGGUUGGCAAUCGGCACGUCCAACUAUUAACCUCAAUGGGCCCGUCGGAGUUACAUUGGAUGCGAAGAAAUAUUUAUUUAUUGUAGAAUUACAAGGUCAACGAAUUAUUGCAGAAGGACCAUAUGGUUUUCGAUGUAUAAUUGGAUGUUACGGGGACGUUGCUCGAUCUAGGGAAUCAUUUCCAUCUUCAAUGAGUUUUGAUAUCCUUGGAAAUAUAUUUGUUGUUGAUACCGAAAACAGGCGCAUCAUGAAAUUUCAACUGACGAACAUCUCUUCUGCUGUUUCACUCAAUCUGCCGGAAUUUUGUCAUACACCAACUUGGGAUCACAAUGGAGCACCGUUUGCUCAGAAAUCGAUUAGUCCUAACUAUCCCUAUGAUGUUUUUAUCGAUACAAAUAAUUCAAUUUAUGUCGUUCUUACCUCCAAGGUAAUUUUAGUAUGGCAUAACAAUAGUAUCAAUCCAACACAAACGAUUUCAGCCGACUUCUUAUCUUUUUCGUCUAUAUUCGUAACACCGAAUGGCGAUAUAUAUAUUAGUUCAGAAUUUCCCUCAUUUCAUAUAACGAGAUGGAUUUCGAAAACAAAAAUUUUUACCAAAGUCAUGAAUACAUCACACCAUUGUUAUGAUAUCUUUAUCGAUAUCAACGAUAGUUUAUAUUGCUCAAUGAGCAUGAACAAUCAGGUAUCAAAAGUAAACUUGAAAAGUUCUUCAAUGAACACGAUAGUUGUUGCUGGAACAAAUAGUCACGGAUCUAAUCCGAAUGAGCUUCAUCAUCCUUGCGGAAUCUUUGUUGAUGUUAACUUUGAUUUGUUUGUAGCAGAUACUGAGAAUAAUCGAAUUCAAUUAUUUCCAUUUGGAGAAACAAAUGCCAUCACUGUUGCUGGUUGGCAAUCGGCACGUCCAACUAUUAACCUCAAUGGGCCUGUCGGAGUUACAUUGGAUGCGAAGAAAUAUUUAUUUAUCGUAGAAUUAGAAGGUCAACAAAUUAUUGCAGAAGGACCAUAUGGUUUUCGAUGUAUAACUGGAUGUUACGGGGAUGGAUAUCAAUCUAUUGGAAUCUCUUUUCCAUCUUCCAUAAGCUUUGAUAGUUUUGGAAAUAUAUUUAUUGCUGAUUUCAUAAAUCAACGCAUUCGAAAAUUUCAAUUAGAAAACCUUUGUGGUUUUCCAUUAAAUAUACCAAGAUUUUGUUCAAAACCAGUUUGGAAUCGAAAUGGAAUCACUUUUACUGAUCAGUCAAUAAUUGGUUUAAAUCCUUCAAGUAUUUUUAUAGAUCAAAAAAAUUCAAUUUAUUCUCUCAAUCAAGAGAAAAAACAAAUCUUAAUUUGGAAUGAAUCUAAUAUUGAAUCAACUAGAAUUAAUCUUUCUGAUUUCUCUUAUUCAUAUUCUCUAUUUGUUGCUUUAAAUGGUGAUAUUUACAUUGAUGAUGGAAUCAAUCAUCGAAUAAAGAAAUGGACCUUGAAUACAAAAAAUUUUACCAAUGAAAUGGAUGUCUUUUCAUCUUGUUUUGGAUUAUUUAUCGAUAGAUAUAAUCAUCUAUACUGCUCAAUGCCUGAACAUCAUCAAGUGAUUAAACGAAAUUUCAGUGAAGGUAUUCCAGCAAUUAUUAUCGUAGCUGGUACAGGUAAUCAAGGAUCAACUUCAACUAUGUUAACUAGUCCACAUGGAAUUUAUGUUGAUACAGAGUUCAACACAUUUGUAGCAGAUUGUGGAAAUAAUCGAAUACAAAGAUUUGAAUUGGAAGUAAAAGUUGGUAUAACAGAAGUAGGAGAUUCAUCAACAGCACAACAUCAAUAUUCACUUUCAUGUCCAACUGGUAUUGCAUUAGAUUCUCAACGGUUUUUAUUUAUUGUUGAUUCAAAUAAUCAUCGUAUUCUUCGAUCAGGGACAAAUGGUGUUCAUUGUGUUAUUGGGUGUAAUGGGAUUAGUAUCAAAUCUACUAAACUAUACUCUCCAUCUAAUCUUGCUUUUGAUAAUUUUGGAAAUAUGUUUGUUGUUGAUUCCGGAAAUAAUCGAAUACAAAAAUUUCAAUAUUCAAAAAAUUCUUGUGAUAUGUCAUCAAUUAUUCAAUGGACGCAUUCAUUAACAUUAACAAAAGAUAGUCAAUUAUAUUCUCAAGAUUGUAAUGAAGAAAAUCAUUAUUAUGAAUCAUUUCAAAUUGAGGUACCUGAAAAUCGUUAUUAUUCAAUAUGGAGUAGCGCAGAUUUUGAUACAUCUGCUUUUAUCUAUGAAAAAUCAUUUGAUUCACUUCAUCCAAAUGAAAAUCUUCUUACGAAAGAUGAUGAUGAAGCAUUUGAUAAUCAAUUCAAAUUAGAACUCCCUCUUUAUAAUAAUAUUAUAUACGUAUUGGUUGUCACAACACGUUAUCCAAUGAAAACUGGUAACAUUACAAUUCAUAUGUCGUCUUUAAAGAAUGUUAAUGUGACACGUCUUUCUACAUUAGUCAAUAUUCAAUCGAAUUAUUCAUCUCAAUUGACGACAAAUAAUCCAAAAUAUUGUCAAGAUUAUAAAAAUUUGAGUCAUUAUUAUCAAGCACUCCAAAUCUAUGUGAAGAAAACAGGUUUAUAUAUUAUUUGGAGUAAAAGUGAAAUAGAUACUUAUGGUUUCAUUUAUAAAGAUAAUUUUGAUCCAUUAAAACCAUUGCACAAUUUAAUAGUUUACCAUAAUGGAGCAUGUAAUCAGAAUCAAUUGAAACUUUUUAUUAAUCUUCAAGAAAAUACGAAAUAUAUAUUCGUUAUAACAACAAACUAUCCAAAUACAACAGGAAAUUAUACUAUUUUUAUAUCUGGUGAAAAUCAUGUUACUAUUAGUCAUUUUUUCGAUUCUAAACAACAUAAUUAUUCAGCUGAAGUUCAAUGUCAAUUUUAUUCAACAACAGCUGGUUUAUCGUCUGAUAGUGGAAAUCAAUUUUAUUCAACAACAACAACUGGUUUAUCAUCUGAUAGUGAAAAUCAAUUUUAUUCAAUUCAAAUAAGUUCUGUUCUAAUAAUUCUCAUGUUUAUUGAAGGAUUAAUCAAUAAUCUUUUUAUCUUAUUUUGA